AUGAAGUCGCAGAGCUCCGUUCUUUUUAUCCUCGCCGCUGGCGUAGGACUCGUUCAGUCACAGACGUUUGCCAACGAGGCUUCUCUGCCUGGUUGUGGUGAAACAUGUCUUGAUAAUCUGAUUUCAGAGGGCACAUCGUUUGGGUGCCCCCAGGAAGAUGCAAGCUGUCUCUGCGGCGUUGCUGCUUUUACGAAUGGUGUGCACGACUGUGCUCAGAACGCUUGCGCGGCGGAUCUCUUCUCGAGCGUGACGAACUACAUGGUCGGAUUGUGUGCUACUGUUUCCGCCACAUCCGCGGUGCCUGUAACGUCAGCUGUACUUACAUCAGCUGCGGCCGCGUCGGUUUAUCCUACAUCGGCUGUGGUUGCGUCUGCUGCGUCGACACCGGUCACGACGUCGUCGUUCGCUGCGGCCACGUCCACUCCAAACGCGGCUUCUACCAUACAGCCUUCGAUUUACCCUAGCACAGCAGCGAUCCCGACGGCAAUCUUUCCGACGACCAAUUCAACGAUAUCGAGUGCGUCGAGAGCGACGAGCACGAACAAUCUUGUGGGCAUUGGAGGAUCGACUUCUGGUAGUUCGCCAGCUGCGUCUUCUACUAAGUCUUCAACAAGUAGCACGACCUCAAGUAGUGCGUCGGGAUCGACCACGGCGGCUGCUGGAUCGACGCUGUCUGGUGGGGCGAAGGCUGGCAUUGGUAUCGGGGCUGCGGUUGCUGUUGUGGCAGUGAUCGGUGCAAUCGCGGCAUUCAUGCUUUCACGGAAACAACGGAACCGCGACCACACAGGCGCUUACAAGAUCUCGGACCCGACGCCAGGUCCUGGCCGCAAUUUUGCAGAGGAUCACGAUAGCGGUAUGUCAGAGCUGGAGCUGAAGUCGAGGCGAUAUGAGGACAUGGUACCCCGACAGGUGCCAAGAAAUAUGGUGUGA